CACCCCUAAAUAUCCAAGCCAAGCCAGAGGCCGAGAUCAAGUGGUUCCAUAAUGGAACUGAAAUCUCUGAGAGCAGCGAGAAAUACAUUUUCAUCAACAUGAGUGGUGUCUUGUCUAUCACUAUCCUGGACUGCCAAGAAGAGGACAGUGGCACAUACCGCUGUGUAUGCUCUAAUUCCAAGGGAGAAGCAUCAGACUAUGCCACCCUGGAUGUGUCAGGUGGUGGCUACACCACCUUCUCCUCUCGCCGCAGGGAUGAAGAGGCUCCCAGAGCAUAUGUCCCUGAAGUAACUCGCAUUGACCACUAUCACACCACUCACUUCAAAGCUGGCUAUGCCUCCGAGACCCACUUUGAGGUGGAGGAGAGCAAGUCUAAGCUAACCGAGACCCAUGAGACUGUCACACGAGAAAGAUAUGCUGCCUCCUCUGAGAGAUAUUCCUCUGCUGAGAGGUAUGACUCAUCUAUCAAGUACGCCUCUGCUGAAUACCUGUCAUCCGACUCCUCUUUCUCAUCAGAAAAAUUCUCUUUAACUGGGAAGCACACCACAUCCGAGGCCAAACUUAAGUCAUCCUCUGCUGCUGUUGCUGAGGAAGUUUCUGUCCAAAAGGUGAAGCCUUCUCUUCCAGCCAGAAUCCUCACCAAGCCCCAGUCUGUGACCAUUGCAGAGGGAGAGACAGCCAGAUUCUCCUGUGAUAUUGAUGGGGAUCCUGCCCCAACAGUAACAUGGAUGUAUGAGAACAGAACUAUUGUCUCAUCUUUCCGUAUCCAGGUUUCCACAACUCAGUACAAGUCCAGCCUGGAGAUCUCCUCUGUGAAGGCCUCAGAUGAGGGCAGCUACACAGUCGUGGUAGAGAACUCAGCGGGCAGACAGGAGGCUCACUUCACUUUAACUAUCCGCAGACCAGCUCCAAAAGAAGAGGUUAAAGCCGUGAAAUCCCCAGAGCCAUCUGUAAAGUCACCCACUCCAAGUGUAAAGUCACCAGAGCCUUCAGUCACAUCACCUGUUCCCUCCAUAACUUCCCCUGUCCCCAGUGUUAAGUCCCCUGAACCAAGUGUAACAUCUCCUGCACCGAGUGUGAAGUCACCCACACCAAGUGUUAAGUCUCCUGAACCAGAGGGAAUUAAAUCUCCUAGGAGUGUCAAGUCUCCCGAGCCAUCUGCACCCUCUCCAGCACCCAGCUUAAAAUCACCAGCUCCAGGUGUCAAAUCUCCUGAACCUGAGGGAGUUAAGUCUCCACGGGGUAUAAAGUCUCCAGAACCCAGACUCAAAUCACCACCACCAACUAAGUCACCUGAACCUGAGGAGGUAAAAUCUCCUCGGGGUAUCAAAUCCCCAGAACCUGCAGGACUCAAAACACCAAAAGGUGUAAAGUCCCCAGAACCUGCUGGAAUCAAAACGCCAAAAGGCAUCAAGUCCCCAGAACCUUCAGGUAUCAAAUCGCCCAGGGCCUUGAAGUCCCCUGAGCCUGAGGGAAUCAAAUCACCUCCCAGGAUGAAGUCUCCUCCUCCAAGCCUGUCCCCAAAGAGGGUUGUGUCUCCACCCACUGUCAAAUCCCCAGUCCCGAAACCUCCCAAGGUCCUGAGUCAACUAACAGCUGAGGCCUGCGAGGGCUCAGUGAGGAUGUCCUGUGUCUGCGAGAGCAGCGUCAGGGAGGUUGUGUGGUACAUCAACGGGAGGAGACUGUCGAAGAGCAGCCGCUUUGAGAUGCACUACUCUGAGGGCUCCUGCAGCCUUCUAAUCCAUGAUCUGGCAGACAGCGAUCAGGGAGAAUACACCUGUGAGAUGACAUCAGAGGGAGGAGUAUCCAAAUCCUCCUUCUCCUUCACCGGACAGGUGUUCCAGUCCAUACGCAUGAAGAUCACAGCCUACCGUGAGCAGCAACUGGCACUUAAAGGAUCAAUGAAGAUGAGUCACAAGGAGUCCUCAUCAUCCAUGAUGAUGAAGAAAGAAGUCCAUGCAAUGGAGGAGUCAUCCUCCUUUUCUUCCUCCGCCCAGCAGGCAAUGAUGUCAUCCAUGAUGGAGUCCAGCUCCUUCAGCAGCAUGGCAGCUGAGAUGAAGUUUGAGACCAUGUCCAUGUCCAGCAUGUCCUCAAUGACAUCUGAGACAUAUGCAAUGAGCUCCAGCAGCCUCACCGAGAUGGCCUCCCACAUGGAGGGAUCCUCAUUCAGAGCAAUCAGUUGUGCUCCCAGGAUCGAGGCUCUGCCGGAGGACAUCAGCAUUGAGACUGGCAAAGUCCUGACAGUUGCCUGUGCCUUCUCCGGCGAUGCCAAACACAUCGAGUGGUCUCGCGGUGGCAAAACCAUCGAGGUAACAGCUGGUGGACGCUUCCACAUAGAGACCACAGAGGACCUGACCACCCUCAUCAUCACCGGAGUUAAGGCGGAAGAUGCUGGAACCUACACCCUCAAACUGUCCAACGAGCUUGGAUCUGACACAGCGACUGUUCACAUUAGUAUUCGAUCAUAGGCAAUAGUGUAAAAAAAAAAAAAAUCUAAUCUUCCCCUUUUCCCUACUUCCAUGCCUUUUUAUUUAUUAAUUGAGCGAAAUAAUCUACUUUAUAAAGAUCUGGAUUUCUGUUCUUGUAAAUAUGAACUAUUUUUGUACCAAUCUUGACAUUAAUUUAUGCCAAACUAGACUCAAGUCUAAAGUUGUUAUAAAAUGUGCCAUAUUGGAUAACUAUGACUUAGGAUUUUUGAUCCAUUUUUCUGUGACAUGUACAUAAUGUAUAUAGCCGAAUUUAACGGUUAUGGGAAAUGUAUGCAUUGUUAUUUAUGACAAUAAUAUUAACUGAAACAAAAUGAAACUAAAUGUGGUUUAACAGGAGAAAGUUUCACCCAGGAACGAAUACCCUGUUAAACUGAGAAACUAAACUCUGUGCCUCAACGAUAAGUUGAAGUCUUAAGAUUGCCUCAACAGGUAGAGAGGCUCCCUGUUGAUGUUAACUCAAUCAGAGACAAAACUAUGAAUGCACUGCUGGAGCGUGAGAGCAGUGCUGUUGCAUUGUACCAAGAGUGUGAGAUCCUGAGUGCUGUUUGCAUUUACCCUCAUGUAAGCAGGACGACUGGACCUCGUGCUCUGACUGAUUAUGUCAUACCGCCAUUUUGAUGACAUGCUCACAGUGCGAGCGGCCCUGCACUCCCUGAGCACAAAUGUUUCUUUUUUGUUUUGUGCUCUGCUUCUGGCAAACGACUACUCGCUCGGGCUCCACAUUCGUACCAUCAACCUGGCCAAUCACAUUAAAUAAAGAGUCCAUCCUGUGCUUGUUUGCAGAGGCAGAGCUGUCUCUUGGAGGUCUGCAGUGUGUUUGUGUGUUAGUUUUUAGAAGUUCACCUGUCAGUCAAGCUGGGCACCGCCAAGCAGAUGUACCGCAGCCGAAACCAACCGUUGCUGCGCUCACUGAGAACAAGAUGAGGCGUGGUCUUGCGUGUUGCCCCGCACUUUGGUUUGAUUGAAGUUAGAGUUGUAGCAUUGACUAUUUUUCGCAGCCUCCUUGAGUUUUUCUCCAAUUAUUGAUUUAAUAAAGCAUGAUUCUCAGCACUACAA